UACAGUUAAAGAAUCUGUUAACAUAACACACACUUCUUACACCUGAGGGACCACAAAAGUAUGUUUCUUUGAAGUCAGAUACACUGCAUAUAGACAUCAAACAGUUCAUUUAAAAUGUUUUUUCUUUUAUCCUUCUUUAAAAACAAUUUUGGGAACUUACAGCUACAGAAAUGUUCAGAACAAAGGCUUGGAUCCAAGGACUCACCCUACUGCUGCUGGUUUUAUUGUCUGUACACAUUCGCUACUGCCGAACUCAACAAAAAGGCUUGGAAGAGCUGAGACUCAUUCUGAUCGGAAAAACUGGAUCAGGGAAGAGCGCAUCUGGAAACACCAUCCUGGGGGAUCCAAGUGCUUUUAAAAUAAACAUGUCCCUUGAGUCUGUUACCAAUAGCUGUCACAGAAAAGAGGUCACAAUAGAUGACAGAAAAAUUGUAGUGAUUGACACUCCAGGGCUGUAUGACACAACCAAAUCACAAGAUGAAGUGAAAUUAAACAUUGAGGAGUGCAUUGAGGAGUCAGUUCCUGGACCCCAUGCUUUUCUUUUAGUGAUCAGUCUGAAGUCAAGGUUCACAAAAGAAGAGCAGAACACUGUGAAGUGGAUCCAGGAUAACUUUGGUGAAGAAGCUUCUAUGUAUACGAUAGUUCUGUUUACACAUGCUGACUUGCUGGAGGAAAAAGCUCUUUAUGACUGUUUGAGAGAAAGCAAACCUGUACGAAUGCUGAUAAACCAAUGUGGGGGAAGAUACCAUUCACUCAUCAAUAAGCAGAGACAGAACAGGACCCAAGUCAGAGAACUCCUAGAUAUAAUAGAGGAAAUGGUUUACUUCAAUGGUGGAAAUCACUACACCAAUGAGAUGUACCAGAAAGCCCAGAAGAAACUGAAAGACAAAGAAGGGUGGUUUUGUGUACUUGCACCUAUUGUUAGUUUUGGAAAUCUAGAAUGUAGCAAAGAUGAUCACUAAAGAACAGGAACUAACAGAUCGGAUAGACAAAAAGGUAUGACAAAAAACGUGUAUAACAGGUUUGCCAUGAGAGCAUAAAGAUUAAAGAUUCUCACACACAUUGCAGCUUUUCUCAGUCACUUUGUUGGAGUUCUUACAAAAAAGUCAUUCUUGCAACUUUUAAUGUAGUUUUUAUUUCCCCACCCACAUUAGCCUUUGUCCUCAUUUUUAUACAUGUUUCACUACUAAAGAUAUUUGUUACUGUGUUGAUGUACUUUUCACUUGAAUCUCAUAGCUCGUCAAAACAGUUUGUACUUUUGUGAGUCAGAGCUCUAGAUGUCCUACUUUUCUGAAUACUGUUUAACAGCAUUAGUGUUUUCAGUUAAAUUACUUCAAACUUUAAAA